ACAUUACACUUAUCAGGUCAUUACACCGACCCAAAUUGGUGCAUGAAAUAGUUUGUCUUUCAUUCAAACCGAAAGUACUUCUCAGCCUGGUGAAUAUCGGGGUGAGGGGAUGGAUUUCGUGUUCAUUAUCACUUUACCAGUGUUCACACAUAAAAGUUUACGCCUCUGGUAAGACAGACGAUGACCACGCCCUCCACCUGGGCACACGACAUCAUCACAUGUGACCUUUGUGAUAACCCCACCCAGCAAUUCUGUAACAGCUGUCAAGUCAGUCUGUGUGUGGAUUGCGUCAGCAAACAUGUGGAAAAGUUCAAGUCCCUUACGCAUGACAUCGUUCCUUUCACAAAGAGAAAAAUAAAACUUGUUUUUCCUGAUUGUAAAAUCCACCCCAACGAAAGAUGCGAGGCCCACUGCAAAAAAUGUGAUGUUCCAGUUUGCCUGAAAUGCAUGCUUGGUCCCCAUAAUGGACACAAAUAUGAAGAUAUGUCUGAUAUUUUCAACAAAAAGAAAAAAGAAAUUGAAAAGGAAACCCGGGAAAUUGAAUCCACAAUUAUUCCUCAGUACAAAAAGAAAAAUGAAGAAACAGAAAAUAAGGUAUCCAUUGCAGUAACUAAUUUUGAUGAAAUGGACAAAGAGAAAGAAAAGCACAGAGAAUAUUGGCACCAAGAAGUAGACACCAUUUUCAAUAAGCUCGGUUCUUUGCUCAACUCCAUGAAAGAGAACCAUCUGGCUGUUCUAAAAUCCCACCAAUCCAAAAUAAAAAAUCGAAUUCCAGACAUGACCCACACAGUUCAACAAAACAAAGAAAUUCUAAAGUCAAAAAACAUGUCUGCUGUCACCAACUACAAAUCCAAACUCGGGGAAUACAGGAACAUUCCUGCUGAUAUAGAUGUCAAACUGCCAUCACUCAAAACCAACACAAUCCAAGGAAGAGAACUCAGCCUGGAAUUAGAGGAGUACAAGGCUACACUUCAACAGAUAUCAUUAGCCGGUCUGGCAGAUGAUGUCUCCAAAUCCUCAAUAAGAAAGCUAUUGGACAGAGCCAGAGUGAUUGCCACCAUUCCUACUGGAGUUAAUCCUCUAUACCAUGUUGCUUGUGUGGGAGUGGAUGAAGCCUGGGUUAGUGGUGCAGACAAAACCAUAAGACGUGUUGACAUACACGGGUCUGUAGGUGACACUGUUGCCACCACAUGUCAAAAGUGGCCUUAUGACAUCAGAGUGAACCAACAGGGGGAACUGGUGUACAGUGAAGCUGAGAACAGAACUGUGAACAUUGUCAGACACGGGAGAAAAGAGACACUGAUAACCACACCAAGGGGCUGGCAUCCAGGUCAACUAUGCUGUACUAAGUCAGGAGACAUCCUGGUCAGUAUGUUUACUACUGAUCAAAGCCAAUAUAAAAUUGUCCGUUAUCGGGAACACACAGUGAUACAGGAAGUAGAUAGAGAUGAAGAUGGAGAACCAAUCUAUAAAGGAGGAGAAUACGGACUGUAUGUGGUGGAGAACAUCAAUGGAGACAUCUGUGCCUCUGAUAAUAAUGCUGACACUGUGGUCGUGGUGGACAAGUCCGGAAAAGUCCAAUUCCGAUACGACGGUACACCAGCCAGGAGAAAGAAGUCAUUUGAUCCUAGACAUAUAGUGACAGACUCCAUGAGUCAGAUCAUUGUGGCAGAUGUCAACCUUGAUUGUCUACACAUCCUGGAUCAGAACGGACAGUUCCUGAGAUGUGUGGACAACUGUGGAUUAGAUGGAGCUCAUGGACUGAGUGUGGACAGUGAGGGGAGGUUGUGGGUAGGGUUAUAUGAUUCAGGAGAAGUGAAAGUGAUUCAAUACAUGAAAUAAACACAUCUAUAAAGAGAUAAGAUAA